UUACAUCAUUUGACGAUACAAAUGAGGCAGGUCUUGAGACGCAAAAGCAUCGUCUCGGGAAUCCGUUGUGGAAGAGUUGCUCCCGUGGACGUUUGUGGCCUUUUUCGGACGAUUAAGCUUCGAUUCACAAGAGAAAAGGAAGCCAUAACCAGACCAUCGACAAGAUGACAAAAGUUAGGUCACUGAAAAAGAAAGAAAGUGACAAAUCAUCGAAGAAGGAAACCUCAUCAAAAAAGGACAAUAGUAAGAAAACUUCAAAUCAGUAUAGAUCAAACUUGUUGGGGAUUCAGUCCCUAAUAAGUGGUCUUCAUUUUAGGAGGAGGCAUAAGAACAGUCUUCAGAAGACACCUUUUUGGUUUAUGUACAAAAGAUUUAUGAAGGAUGACCAUGUUGAAGUGAAAACAAGAAAGCAAGAACACGUGAUACGCGAUGUGGUUUCUACAUAUGAUGAGAGUAAAGGUUGUUUUGUGCUAGGGAAAAAGAGGAUCCAGCUAACUGAUAAUGACAUAACCCUUAUAUUUGGAGUGGUUUCUGGACCAAGAACCAUGAAGAUUGGCCGCAAUAAAAAACCAGUUGACGUACCCUUUGUUGACAGGAGAUUUGGGAACUCCAAAAAUCUGAAGUCCACAAAUAUAAAGGCUGCAAUACAACAAGCAUUGGAAGGUGAGGGUGACGAUGAUGCCGACGAUGUAGCUCGGUUGAUGAUGUUGCAUACAUGUCUAUCAUUAUUUUUCUCGACCAGGGCUGAUCAUAUCCCGUGGGCAUUCAUCAAGUUUGUUAAUGACUUGGAUAAUGUGAAGAUGUACAAUUGGUCAAAAGCAAUUUCAGACAAUCUGAUGGAUUCCAUAAAAAAAUACAAGAAAAGCCCUGAUAAAGUGGCAGGAUGCGUGACUGUGCUAUCGUAUUGGUUUUGUGAGCACACGAAUGUGUUUAACCCAGUUCAUUCCAGUAUGUUUCCAAGGUUCCUUAAAUGGGAUCUUAAAGGAUGGCCUAAUGAUUUUAAGACAAAACACAUAAGGUGCCUUCAUUUUGACCAGGUGAUUGAUUGUAAUUUGAUAAUGACUGAAAAGGAAAGAGCUGCAAUAGAUAGGCAACGUCUUGAUUCGGAAUCAGAAUCGGAGGACGAUAGUACAAGCAUUAGUUCAGAAUCUAAUCAAGUACCAAGUGCAUCCAGCAAUUCAUCUUCUUCUAACCAGAAUGUGAAUUCUCAACCCACAGAAGGAUCAAUCAGUGCAAUCACAAAGUUAAAUGAAGCUUUACUGACAAUUGAUCGCUUGGAAAAAGAGAGGGAUGAAGCAAAGCAAGAGAGUCAAAAGUUGAAACAUGAUAAUGUUGAGCACGAAAAACAAAUAGCGCAAAUGCAUGGUGAGUUGGAAGAAUUGAGGAAAUCUCUAUUGAGGGAAAAGGAAUUGAAAAAUAUGUUGAACUCAGAUAUAAAUUUUGCGAUUGAUUCGGACAACCAAUCGUAUGAAAACAAUGCAGCAGGUGUGGGUGAGAAAGAAGACGUGAUUAAAGUUGCUGAUAAUGAUUAUAGUAAAGCAUUGGUUAUAAGGGGAGACGUUUCGCCUAUACAAGCAAGCCAAGUUCGGAACAACCACACAAAAGUAUUCGUAUCUUCACUGGAAAUAAGUCCACAUCCUAAAAGUAUAGAAUGA